ACAAUGUCAAACUUUUCCACACUUCUGUCAAAUACCGAAAAAAAUUACAGUACCAAAUCCGUCACAGUCAUAAUACAUAUUGCUCCGCAACUCAAUAAAAAGUACCAGUGAGUGGCGCAGGGCGGUGGUGAUGAGCUUCACCUCGAACACGAGACACCUCUGAUGACGAGCGCGGUGCUGUUGCAGGCCCUGGUGGCGCUGUGCACCGUGCUGGUGGUGCUCAUCCACCAGCAAUGGACCUGCGCCGGCCUCCCGGUCAGUACCCUCCGGCUUCUCGGUCUUGCUGCUAAGCGAACGAUCUCUGAUGACCAGCAAGUGGCAGGACAACCUCCCCACCUACCAGCCAAAAUAUUCGCGGCAGGUGUCGCUCCUCAGGCAAAGUAUGGGCCUGCGCAGACGAAGACGUGUCCGUGCGGGGGCGACUGGAGGCUGCCGUCGUCCGCGACGCCGUGGAAGCAGUGGGGGCGACAGCCGUCGUACAAGCGCGACCCCGACAUCAGCGUCGACAACGAGUGCAUCGGCCACUCCCCGCGCAUCCACUGACCUUUGCCCGCUGCCGCCAUACGUACACUGAACUUAAAUCCAUUCUACAUACAUAUAAUAGUCACUCAACUGUAUCAUGGUCUUGUGCAAAAAUGUCAAUAAAAAUUGCUACAUAGGUAAA